GGUGGAGUGUGGUUGCAUGAAGUUGCGAAGGAUGCAUUAUCUUCCAGCCUCGCAAUCAUCGACAGCCUUGCAUGAUACCCGUACUCGUUUGAUCCGCAGUAAUAGCCACCAAUAGCGUAGAACCGUACAGUGAGCCAUGGAGAACUCGAUGCCGGAGGAUGCCUUUCAAAUUAUAUCUGGCGACUGACGCACUCCGCCGAAAGCUUUAUAGUCGCCAGGUCCACCAUUCUCAUUAUCUGCUGCCCGCGGAAUCGACAUCUGCAAAGGAUUGAAUAUUCCAGCCGGCCAUGAUCGCUUCAGCCAUCUCUCCUACGGCGGCUGCCGUUGUCGCACUGGUCAUCUUCUUUAUCGUCCUUGUCGCACGUGGUCAGCCCGACCGGCGAGAGCCUCCACAUCUCACGCCACGGGUUCCGUUGGUAGGACAUGCUCUGGGAAUCCUCUGCUAUGGCGUCCCAUACUACGCCAAGAUUGCACACCAAACUUCGGCUCCAAUAUUCACCCUCGAUCUCUUGGUGAAUCGACUGUAUGUCGUGAACUCGGCUAGAAUGGUGGCCGCGGUUCAGAAGAGUCAUAAGAUCAUCGCUUUCGAUCCCUUCUUGACAGCAGCAGCUAACCGCAUGGCUGGUAUCAACGGACCGGGAUUGAGAUUGCUCCAGGAGACCCAAGCUGGCGGGAAAGGUGUCAAUCAGGAGGUGCUGCAUGCUAUGAUUCCGACCAUGCUCGGUAGUGGACUGGACCAGAUGAACCGAACGAUGCUGCGAAAGUUGGGACCGUUGCUUGACGACAUGAUCAAGGAUGCGCCCAAGACUCUGGACUUACACCAAUGGUGUCAACGUACCAUUACGACUGCCAGCUCAGAGGCCAUAUGGGGGUCCAAGAAUCCAUUCAGAUCGGAAAAGGUCCGCGAGGACUUUUGGUAUUUCGAAUCUCAUCUCAGCAUCCUACUUGCCAAGAUAUUCCCAUCAGUUCUCGCGCGAAAGGCUUACCUGGCUCGCGAAACUGUCGUCAAGGCCAUGCUUGAAUUUGCCAAGUCGGGUGGUUACGACGAUGAAGCAUGCUCGGAACUUGCCAUCGCGCGCAGGAAUACACAAGUGAAGGCCGGUGCUUCUGAUCACGACAUUGCCAGGUUAGAAACGGCGUUGAAUAUCGGCGUCCUCUCCAAUACCGUACCGUCGACGUUCUGGACCUUGUUCGACAUUUACUCACGCCCACAGCUUCUCCAGCAAGUACGCAGCGAGAUCGAAGAAAAUGCCGUGGUUGUCGAUCCCAUGACCAACGUCCACUCGAUCGAUCUUGGAGCCAUCCGAGGAAGCUGUCCAAUAUUUGUGUCCGCAUUUCAAGAAAGCCUCCGCGUCCACUCCAAUGGUGCUCCGACUCGCAUGGUGUACGAGGAUGUCGUGCUCGACGGAUCCUAUCUCCUCAAAGCGGGAUCCGUUCUGCAGAUGUCCGCGCCAUCUAUCAAUAGCGAGCAGCGACAUUGGGGCCAGCAGGCGGCAGACUACAAUCCUUUGCACUUCCAGAAAGAUGCAGCGGAUGUUUCAGCCAACAAGCCGCGGGCGUCCUCGUUCAUGUCCUUUGGUGCUUCGCCGAACAUAUGUCCCGGUCGACACUUUGCCGCAGCAGAAAUUCUGUCCGUGGCCGCAAUGCUGCUCAUGCGCGUCGAUAUGAUUCCGGUCAAGGGCUAUUGGUGGACUCCUCGGCUGAAUGCUUGGGCAAUUGCAGCGUCCAUGACACCUCCGAUUGAAGAGUACCCGGUGAAGAUCGUCCCGAGGAAAGAGGUGCAAGGAAUCGAAUGGGACUUUGUCGUCAGCGGCAAGAAAGAUCGGUUUGAACUCAUCACUGGAUGA